AUGUACAGCGCGUCCACGGCGACCUUCGUCACAGCGCUUGUCUUCAACGCAGCUGUCUUUGGCAUCGAGCUCGUCAUCUUCACUCUCUUACGACCUUACUUCAAGGCGAUUUAUGAACCACUCACUUAUACCCCACCACCAUCUAAACGCGCACAACCCCUAUCCAACAGCCUUUUAUCAUGGCCUAUCGCCGUCUUCAAAGCGGACUACCGCGGUAUCAUUCGUGCCAAUGGGCUCGAUGCAUAUUUCUUUGUCCGCUUCCUGCGCAUGAUGGUCAAAGUCUUGUUACCCAUCUGGAUUAUCUCAUGGAUCGUCCUCUUCCCCGUUACUGCGGUCAAUAGCAGCGUUUCAGGAAAGGAUAGCCUUGAUAAACUUAGCUAUGGAAAUGUGGCGAAUGAUAUACAAGUUCGUUAUGCCGCUCACUUGAUUUUGGUUUAUAUCUUCACUUUUUGGAUCUUUUAUAAUAUCAAAAACGAGAUGAAACAUUUCCUUAUUACGCGUCAACAACACCUUAUCGAAACCGAACAUGCUAAAUCAGUGCAAGCUAAUACCAUUCUCAUAACUGGAAUACCCGCGAAAUACCUGUCUCAAGACGCGCUUUACAAACUAUACAAUGGAUUACCAGGAGGAGUGAAACGAAUUUGGAUUAACCGGAAUCUCAAGGAUUUACCUGACAUCUAUGACCGUCGCCUCGCAGCAUGCAGUAAACUUGAAUCAGCUGAAACGGCCUUGCUGCGAACUGCUGCGAAGCUGCGUCUUAAAGACGAAAAGGCGAAUGGACCCAAGAGCGAGAAGAGUCAAGAAGCGAAUAUCGAAGAGGCGCCGACUGCGCAAGCUAUCGAAGUUCCAGUCGGAGACCGUCCCCAACAUCGUCUUGGUUCCAUUCCAUUCAUCGGAAAAAAGGUUGAUACGAUCGAGUGGGCUCGUCAGGAGAUAGCGGAAUGCACUCGGUUAUUGGACGAAGGCCGCGCACGCAUUCGGGAGGCAGACGAGGCACAUGCUCCUCAUGAUGACGACGACCUUUUCAGUGCAUCGUCGGUUGAUGAUGAAGGAAAUCCUCGGGUGCGUCAGAAAAAGGGCGAGCAUGGUAUCAAAGAAAUUGGACAUGCAGUCAAGGGCGCUGGGCAAACAGUAAAGCAUACUGGCGAGGCCGUCAAGGGCAGAGUAAUAGGCUCAGGCGGGGCGGGGGAAUACCCGCCUAUGAACAGCGCAUUCAUCACGUUUAGGAAACAGAUUUCGGCACAUUUGGCGGUUCAGGUUCUGGCUCACCACGAGCCUUACCGGAUGAGCGACCGUUACGUUGAAGUCUCCCCCGAAGACGUAAUCUGGGCCAACUUGGGCAUGAAUCCUUACGAGCAAAAGAUUCGGGUCGCCAUCAGCUACGCAGCUACUGCAGCACUCAUUAUCUUUUGGACCAUCCCUGUUGGAUUUGUCGCUGUGAUCUCCAACAUCUAUACCGUCUGCGCCAAAGCCGUUUUCCUAAGUUGGAUCUGUAAACUCCCGAAGGUUGUCGUUGGCAUUAUUUCUGGCAUUCUCCCACCAGUCCUCUUGGCAGUCCUGAUGAUGCUUCUUCCCAUCAUCCUGCGCCUCCUCGCUCGCUUCGAGGGUAUACCCAAACGCACCGGAUUGGAACUUUCGCUGAUGACCAGAUUUUUCAUCUUCCAAGUCGUCCACUCAUUUUUGGUUGUCACCAUUGGCUCUGGUAUUGUGGCGUCCCUCACUGGCAUUCUGAACAAUCCAACGAGUGUACCAACGAUCUUGGCGCAACAGUUACCUCAGGCUUCUACAUUCUUUUUGACAUAUAUUAUUCUCCAAGGUCUCUCGGGCGUCGCUGGAGGGUUCCUGCAGAUCGUACCGCUUUUAAUCUACUACGUCAAGCUGUUCAUACUCGGUAGCACUCCCCGCUCGGUCUACGACAUCAAGUAUGGUGCAAGGAACGUUGCUUGGGGAACUACAUUCCCUGGCGUAACGCUGCUUGUCGUGAUCACCCUAGGAUACUCCAUCAUUUCGCCCGUUAUAAACGGUCUUGCUUUUGCAACAUUCUUCCUCUUCUAUAUGCUGUACAAGUAUAUCUUUUUGUGGGUUUACCAGCAAGACCUCAAGAGCGACACUGGUGGAUUGUUUUUCCCUAAAGCAAUUCAACACGUGUUCGUGGGCAUGUAUGUGCAGCAGCUUUGCCUGUGUGCGUUGUUUUUCCUCGCCCAAGAUGAUAAGAAGAAGGCAAGCGCUGUUCCAGAAGGCGCUCUCAUGGUUGUCCUGAUUGUCAUCACGGCUGGAUUCAAUAUCAUCAUCAAUCAAUCAUAUGAUCGCCUCUUGUGUGCACUCCCUCUGAGUCUGCAAGACAAGACGUACACUGCACAAGGUGACGAGGGAGAGGAAGAACACGAGGGACAGGAAGAACCCAUUCCCUCGAGGACGCCGCAGGAACUUGAAGCGGGUGGUCCUCAGGACCACGACAAGCUUGCGAAACAGGGAUUGAUUUCGGAGAGCCCAGCAAUCGAGGAGAAAAAGCGUGCGGAACUUGAAAAGAAGAUUCAAACAGAAGAAGAUUAUGGCUUCGCGCACCCCGCUGCUUCGAGACCCCAGAGGACUAUUUGGCUUCCGAGAGACGAUCAUGGCUUGGUGACGGAGGAGCAGCGUGCUUGUGCUGAGGCUGGCGUGGAUGUGAGUGACAAGAAUGCACAAAUGGAUGCGAAGGGCAAGGUCGAUAUUGUUGGUGGGCCGCCGGAUUUAGUGGGCGAGAUAUAG